AUGGAAGAGGUUCCAUCAACUAUCGCCGUCAUGGAUGAGGCCUCUGCGAAUGCCAGCGAAGACACGGCUCGAUCCAACAACAAAUAUGCUGACGGUCAUCGUCGUGGAAACAGCAACAUCUCGGACCUCGUCGAUCCACCACGACAGUCACUUGCCCAACUUUCAUUGAACAGAGGUACCUCGAUGGAAAGUGAUGCCAAGCAAUCACUUGCCGAAGCUGCACGUUUGCGCAUGGAACACAACAGCCUGGACGACAGCGAGAAACAGAAGAUCACCUUGGACAGUCUCUUGCAGAGCAAUCAGUACGAGCAUGAAGCUACAACUCACAUCCUGAAGACUCUCGAAGAACAGUUCGGUUCAUCCCAGGCAUUUGAAUCGUCUGUUCUAGAGGGAAUCUCAGACGAAGCCAGCAAGGCGUUGGAAGAGAGCAGCUCUGGGCCAAAGCCAUCAAGCAGUCCAUCUAGUGGCCGCAGAGCUGACGACCUAGAGCGGAAACCACUCUUGAGCCCAAAACGACGUCAUCAACGCGUGAUGAGUGUCGACGAUCAGCUGGCCAACCUGACAGACCAGCUCAUCGGCAACGGCUUUCAUGUCGGUCCAAAUCAAACACCAGCCGUUUCACAACGUUCUGAGUUUGAUCGGAGUGCACAGUUGGCGUUCGGGACACCUGGUAUUGGAAUCCCGGCAGCUGAAAAAGGCAAUGGCAGAGUACGCGAUCGCUUGUUUUCUGGGGACAAGCCCACAUUGGAACCGGUCGCGGAAGGCGGCGCUUCUGACAGCCUGAAGACCGACAAACAGACAAACGAAGGAAUUGUCGAUGAAGGAAUCGUCGAUCUUGAAGCUCAAAAUGUAGCACAAAAUCCUUCUCAAGGGAGGACCAAAAAAUCUUCCAGAGAUUCAUACCGGCGCAAUGAAUCAUCCGGAUCAAAUGGCGGAAAAAACCAUCAUCUUUCUGAUAUGGCAGAGAAAGUCAAGAGCGACGUGGAAGCCUGGGGGUCAUUCUUUCGUCCCCAACAGGCCACCCUCAAGAAAUACUUCAAACUUUUGUUGUACAUUGUUUUGCCAUUUGUUGGAGUUGCUGCCUUGCUAUAUUACCUUUUGGACAAUCCCACCACCGCCACCAGCGAAGGGCCAAGCGUCUCGUGGAUCCUGAUAUUUGUGGUUCGACUAUGGGUGACUUUGACACUCGCGUUGGCGGUUCAAGCAUUGGUGAUUGAUCUACUGUGUGUCCAAACCCGUAUCAUCCCACGACUAUUGGGACCACUUUUGACUCUUUGGCUUAUUCAAUCCCAAGGAUGGCCAUUUGUUAUUUUCAUGUGGUCCAUUCUCAAUUUCGGCAUGUUGUAUGGCAAUACAGCUUUUGCUGCCCAUUGGUUAUUCUGGCAAGAUACUAUUCCGCUCUUCAGCGAGGCCAAUCCUGCUGGAAAUGUCGUUAACAGUGACCUGUACAGGAUCAUUCUGACCAUAGGCGCAACAGUCACGGUUGCUGUUUCUAUCAAACGUUUGGCAGUAGGCCUCUUUUUGGGACGCCAAUCAUUCUUACAUUUCGGUGAAUCACUUGCAAAGGUCAUGGAUAAAAUGUUACUUGUCAGCCAAGUAGCCAAGCUCGCAUCGAGAAUGGAAAAGCAAAAGAUAUUGCUGCAACGAAGAAAUACCGCACAGGGGGCAUCUGGACAAUUCGCAAAAAGCGGCAUGGCUGCCUAUCAGGAUAUGCUGGACCAAGACGAUGGAAGCAGCACAAAGAACAAUGCUCUUGGUCUAGCGGAAUCUGAAAAGUUCAAACUGGCACAGAUGCUGGAUCGCUGGGAGGAACCAGAGAGGCGAUCAACUGCACACAAGAAAGCUUCAAUUGCAGCCGUUUUGCGCUUUAGGAAUGCUCUUGCCCUCAUUCACAACGACUACCCAUUUUCACUUGCAUUUGGUCUUGCAGACAAACGCAAUACGUGUGUGGAAUCCGCCCAAAACGUCUUCAAUCAUCUACUUUCAGAGGAUGAAACUGAUGUCGAGUUCGAAACCAUCGCAGCUUCCCUAGCGGUGAGAGAAGGCCACCUUCUCAGUCCAGAACGGGUGAAAAGUCUCAUUCGAGUCUUCCGUCCAAACCGUGACGGGAAACUCUCAUUGCUUGACUUUGUCAAGAGUGUCGACGCCGUGUACAAGGAGUUCCGUCUUCUCCAAGCUUCCAUCGAAAACUCGGCUCAGAUCGACCGUGCUUUUGAGGCGAUCUUCAAUGCCAUCUUCUACGUAAUUGUGGUCGUAAUCAUCAUGUCGCAGCUUGGACUUGAUCCAAUGGCACUGUUUCUCUCUCUAUCCAGUGUGCUUCUGGCGUUUGCCUUUGUGAUUGGCUCUGCCGCUUCCAAGUACUUUGAAGGCAUCUUGUUCAUUCUUUUGCGACGUCCGUACAAUAUUGGAGAUUUAAUCAAUGCUUCCCACAUCGAGUCGGAGACCGGGCUAAUGGGAAGUAUUGGUUGGAUCGUCCAAAACGUUACCCUUUUUGAAACCACCAUGACCUGGUUGCCCACCUUGGAAACUGCAUCCGUGGCAAACGGAGCGUUGGCCUCAAGUCGAAUCGUCAAUUGGGCUCGAAGUCCGAAUGCCCGAUUUGUCAUCUUCUUGUACUUUCCCAUCGAGACCAAAUAUGAAACACUGACUCUGUUCCGCGGAGCCAUUGAAGAGUAUAUGAAGGCCCGGCCUCGAGAAUGGCUUGCUUUUAACGCCUUGCGUGUCUUGGAUGUCUUUACGGACAGGGGGUACAUUCGAGUGGAGUUGGUUGUCCAACACCGAGAAGCCUGGCAAAAUCCCGGAGCCAUUUAUGAUAGCCGUGGGAACUUGGUCAGUUUCUGCAAUGAAGUUCAGAAACUUCUUGGAAUGCAAUUCAAGAGACCACCGCUACCUAUUGACAUUCGCGCUCCAAAUGCGUUGGAAUCCUUGGAUGCUGUUGUGGAACGGGGGGAGCGCCGUCCAAGUGUCGCAGUCUCAGAGGCCAAGGGAGGAGGCAGCAAUAAUGAUCAAGCGGUUCGGGAAAAGUUCCGUCAAGCCGCAGAGAACAAUCAUAAGAUGUUCUUCUAA